AAUACAAAUAAAGAAGAAGACAUUUUUCUCGUUAUUCUCCAGUUCCUCGCAGAAUCUAUGGUAUCAAUUCGAUUUAUCUGCGUCUAAAUACUCCAACUUUUCGCAAUUCACACCUAUGCCCUGCGAUUCUCCGAUGCGUUACACCUUAGUCCGCGAUUCAUUUAUGAUUUUUAUCCCUUUUUCUUCCAAUUAAAGUAAAUUUUAUGCUAUCUAUAUUCCCAGAAGAAGGCUGCACUGAACUUCCAAGCUUUCCUCUAGAACGAAAGCAAAGAUUAUACUGUCAUAAAAAGUUUGUGGACUUCUUUUAAUGGGUGCUCCUAAGCAGAAAUGGACUGCAGAAGAAGAAGCAGCACUGAAAGCUGGAGUAGUCAAACAUGGGGCUGGAAAAUGGCGAACCAUACUUACAGACCCAGAAUUCAGUUCCAUUUUGCGCAUGCGUUCAAAUGUAGAUCUCAAGGACAAAUGGAGGAACAUAAAUGUGACAGCAAUAUGGGGAUCUAGGCAGAAGGCAAAGCUUGCCCUUAAAAGGAACCUACCAACCCCCAAAGUUGACAAUAACCACACAGCCUUGAGUACUGUAGUUCAACGUGACAAAGAACUUGCAGAUUCCAAGCCUCUAGCAGUUUCUGGUGGAACAUCUCCUAAUACAAAGGAACAGAUAUCAAGGUUGGAUAAUCUUAUAUUAGAGUCCAUUAUCAAGUUGAAGGAGCCAAAGGGUUCUGACAGGGCAGCCAUUGCUGCAUAUAUAGAGGAUCAAUACUGGUCUCCGCCAACCCUCAGAAAGUUACUGUCAACAAAACUGAAGCAUAUGGUAGCGAGUGGAAAAUUAAUUAAGGUAAAGCAUAAGUACAGGAUUGCAACAAAUUUAACAAUAUCUGAGAAAAGAAGAUGCUCUUCCUUGUUACUCCUGGAAGGGAAGCCCAAAGACUCUCCAAAAGCAGAGAAGACUGAUGUCAACAUCCUUUCAAAAUCUGAAAUUGAUGCAGAACUAUCAAAAAUGAAGGGUGUAACAGCUCAAGAGGUAUCAGCAGCAGCUGCAAAAGCAGUUGCAGAGGCAGAAGCUGCCAUUGCCGAGGCUGAGGCAGCAGCUAGGGAGGCAGAGGCUGCAGAAGCUGAAGCAGAGGCUGCACGAGUGUUUGCAAAAGCAGCAAUGAAGGCCCUAAAAUGCAAAACACUUCAUAUUUGAUAGUGUCAGCUUCUGCGUGGCUGACAUGAGCAGUAUAUUGGUUUGAGAUCUUUAUUCUGCUAAUAGACAUCCUGCAUGUAUUUAAUUACUGUAUAUAAUUUAGGCUUGUAAAUUCGGAAUAUGCGGGAUUGAUCCAUGAAACAUUUUGUCAGGAGUCAUUAAGAGCGUAUUAUUUAUUAUUUUUACCUUGUUUUUAAAGACAGACAAUGAGGCGAGGGUACAAAGAAUUAGUGGAAGAGUGGAAGUAGUGAUCAGUGUUGUAAUGGAACGUGUGAUAGGCAUCUGCUAUUUGUAGUGAUCAGUAAGAGCGUAUUAUUUAUUUUUACG